AUGAUCAAAGAUUUAAAGAUUUACCCAUUGCAAACAAAAUCAGCUCCUCCGAAAGAAUUUACAGGGUUAUCUAAGAAUAUUAUUUUAUCUCAUGGACAAAUCAAACUCAGUUUCUGUUUCUCUGGUGUUGAAAUCAAACCUCCAAUUGCAACACUCAUUUUCUCUAACUCUGGAACAGAAAAUGAAGAACUUUCCGCAACAAUUUUGGAAACAAUAACAAUUUUGACUCCAGGAUUAACGAAACAGACAACACCAUUGUUAGAACAAACAGAAUUAUCUGUUUAUCUCGAUUUCAAGAACCAAAACUACAAAGUUAUUGUUCAUGAUUUGAAUGUUUUCAUUUCUUACAAUUUCUUACUUGGAUUGAGAGAAAUCAUUUUCUCAAAGGACUAUUACUGCCAGAAACCGAUGCUUUCUAUAACAAAUUCCAUAGGAGUUCCAAUACAAUACACAGUUAGAGACAAAACAUAUGAAUUAGACGUCGGAGAAUCAUCAAAACUCGAUGCAGAUCUCAUGGAAAGAUAA